AUGGAACGAUUGGGAGAGUCAAAGUCAAUUGCAACCAAACGAUUUAUGGCACUUGAAAGGCGAUUGAAUGCUAAUCUGGAAAUGAAGGCUCUUUACACGGCAUUUAUCCACGAAUAUUUGCUAAUGGGUCAUAUGAAGGAAAUAAGGGACGAGGAAAAUGAACCAAAGUGUAGCUACUACAUGCCCCACCAUGCUGUUAUGAAACCAGACAGUACCACGACGAAACUGAGAGUCGUUUUUGAUGCGUCGUGCGCCACAGACUCCGGAAUUUCGUUGAAUGACAUUCUGAUGGUGGGUCCAGUAGUUCAAAAUGAUCUGCUGUCUAUCUUGAUUCGGUUUCGACUCCAUAAAUAUGCAAUUGUCGGCGAUGUCGAGAAGAUGUACCGAAUGAUCAACGUCGUGGAACAAGAUCAGCCACUUCAGAGAAUACUUUGGAGAGAAUCAGUGGAUGAGAGGUUGCGAACAUACCAAUUGACCACCGUAACGUAUGGCACUUCAUCAGCUCCGUAUCUUGCCACAAGGAGUUUGAAAAGAUGUGCUGAAGAGGGAGAAAAGACACAUCCAGUUGCAGCCAAUGUGAUCAAGAACAACUUCUACGUUGAUGAUAUGCUUGCUGGGGUACAUACUGUAGAUGAAGGGAAGAAACUUUGCAGCGAUGUGCAAUCGCUUCUCGGGUCCGCUGGGUUCAACCUGCGGAAAUGGCACUCUAAUCAACAAGAGAUUUUGAACAAUAUACCAAGUUACUUGAGGGAUAAACGUGACGUUCUUAAUAUCGAUACGACAUCUACCGUAAAAACACUUGGUCUCACCUGGGAACCAGAUUCGGAUCUUUUUUGGUUUAAAAUGCCACGCUGGAAGCAGACGUCUCCGAUAACGCAACGUGUUGUACUAUCUGAAGCCGCACGUCUUUUCGAUCCAUAUGGACUAGCAGGACCCGUCAUUGUUCAAGCGAAGAUGUUUCUCCAAGAGCUUUGGAAAGGAAAGUAUUCUUGGGAUGAGCCUUUAAGCAUGAUGUUACAAUCACAAUGGCUGGAGUUCAGAAACAGCUUGGAUCGACUCGAUGCAGUUUCCGUGCGCUGGAUUGCAUUUGGUAAAAAUGUAAUUUCAUGCGAACUUCACGGUUUCUGUGAUGCCUCAGAAAGGGCUUACGGAGCCGUUAUCUACCUAAGAAGUGUAACACGAGAAGGUCAGGUAUCAGUUCGUUUAGUGAUGGCGAAAUCGAAGGUGGCGCCUUUAGAAGACUUGAAUAAGCGGAAGAAAAAACUGUCGAUACCCAGACUAGAGUUGUCAUCAGCAUUGGUACUGGCACACCUGUAUGAAACUGUUGCCGCAAGCAUCCAAAUUCCAACUAAGGCUUAUUUUUGGACUGAUUCGACCAUAGUGAAGUGUUGGCUUUCAUCGCAUCCGUCUAGAUGGCAAGUAUUCGUAGCCAACCGAGUGUCGGAGAUUCAGCACAUCUCCCGAGAAGGCGUUUGGAAUCAUGUGCCCGGCGUUGAGAAUCCGGCUGAUAUUAUUUCCCGGGGUGCGACACCGCUUCAACUAGCAGAAAGCUCUGUAUGGUGGAACGGUCCCAGUUGGCUCGGGAAAGAUUGCAACGAAUGGCCGAAAACGUAUGAAGCUCCAGACCAACAAUUCGAUUCAGUUACGUUGGAAGAAAAACCCUUAGUUACAGCAGCGUUACAGAUGUUACCUCCUAGUGAAAUCUUCACUCUUUAUUCGUCAUUGUGUAAACUGGUCCGGUUGACGGCAUGGAUAUUACGUUACACACAUAACAGCAGAAAAAUCAAUCGAACAGUCAGACGAACAGGAGUGCUCAGUGCACGAGAACAUGAAGAAGCAUUGCUCGUUUUAGUGAAAUUGGCACAAUCCGAAUGUUUUCCAAUUGAACUGUCGGAUCUAGCAGCGAGAGGAGAAGUUAAGCCUACCUCUAGAUUACAUUCCAAGGAUCCUGAGGUACGAGACGGUGUGAUUCGCGUUGGCGGUAGACUUCGUCAUGCUCCAGUUACGUUCGACAGAAAACACCCGAUAGUGUUGGACAGCAGUCACCCAUUAACCAAGCUGAUAAUGAAAGAAUAUCAUCAUAAACUCCUCCACGGAGGACCGCAGCUUAUGCUUUCUUGCAUGAAGGAAAGAUUCUGGCCACUUUGUGGGCGAAACCUAGCGAAGAAAGUAGUUCAUGAAUGUGUUCCUUGCUUUAGAGCACGACCACGCGUCCAUGACCAACUGAUGGGCGAUUUACCGUUGGAACGGGUAACUCCAGCUCCUGCCUUCCUGCGAGUUGGAAUUGACUAUUGCGGUCCAUUUAGUCUCCGCCACACGUCGCGAAAGACCAUUCCGGCUAGGUGUUACUUGUGCUUGUUCAUCUGCUUGGUGGUCAAAGCUGUCCACAUAGAAGUGGUAGCCGAUCUUACGACCGAAGCCUUUAUCGCAGCACUAAAACGUUUCAUUGCCAGGCGCGGCAAACCUGAAGUAAUUUUUUGUGAUAAUGCCACCAAUUUCGUAGGCGCUCGGAGAGAACUAAGCGAAUUGCACCGACUGUUCCGCUCUGAACAAUUUCAAAAUCCGAUAGUUACAGAGGCAGCAAAAGACCUGAUCGAUUUCAAAUUUAUUCCUGCGAAAUCACCGAACUUCGGUGGGUUAUGGGAAGCAGCCGUGAAGUCCCUUAAGGGUCACAUGCGACGAGUCAUUGGAAAUAAUUUACUCCGUCCUGAUGAAAUGUUCACCGUUGUCACGCAGAUCGAAGCCUGUCUCAAUUCGAGACCAAUCACUCCACUAAGCAACGAUCAUCGAGAUUUGGAAGCCCUUACUCCUGGGCACUUCCUAAUACAGCGCCCUCUCACCGCCAUUCCAGAACCCAGCCUCACGGAUAUACCGGAAAACAGACUAAGCAGGUGGCAAUUAGUCCAACAGUUCUUCCAAAGGAUCUGGAAACGUUGGUCAACUGAAUAUUUGUCAGAUCUCCACAAUCGAAACAAAUGGACAAGAAGGAGAAACAACCUACACAUCGGAACGAUGGUGUUGGUAAAAGACGAUAAUUUACCCCCACUGAAGUGGCAAUUAGGACGUGUUACAGAAAUUCAUCCAGGAAUCGAUGGCAACAUAAGGGUUGUCACCGUUCGCACCCAACAGGGAACAUAUCGGCGAGGCAUUCAAAAAAUAUGCAUUCUUCCGAUCCGUGAUAAUCAACCGCAUGUCGAGGAUACCCAGUAA